AUGUCGGAAGAUAGAGAAACACUAGAACCUUACACUUAUAGACACGAUACUGGAACUUUUUUUCACACAAGUCCCGAACAUGUUGAAGAAAAAAGUCAUGAUGCAACGCGAAAUAUUGUAAGAACGGUUUCCGAAGUUUCAUCAAAAACUUCAACUAAGCUUGGCAGCGUAAAGAUUUUUCAAAAUCCACGUGAAAUUCUUAGCCCAGUAUUAAAUGGAGUUCAUUACCUUUGGGAUCAUUUCCCACCUCUUAGUUGGUUUGCUUAUGUGGCUAUUGUUUUAAAUGCCAUUCCUUUAACAGUCCUUUUGGCAUUCCUGAUUGGUACUACAGCUAUUGUUUUAUUCAUUUCCGGUAUUGGAAUUUUCCUCGCCGCAGGUUUCUUUAUUGGUCUCGGUUUACUUUUCCUUGUUCCUGUGGUUGGCGUUAUGCUCUUUGCUGCAGUAUCUACAGCUUUCUUUACUACAUUUGGAUAUGGUAGUUAUCGUUCAUUUUUGUUUGUACUGCGCAAUCUUGGCAUUAUUGCUGGGGAAGUUGCCGCUGACACUAGGGCUGCAAUUACGGGCGCAAAGAAAGCUGUUGUGGAGGAACUACAUGGAGAAGAACAAAAUCAAUAG